GAACCGUUCUCCCGUGACAAUCUUGUAAGGGGAACGGUUCGAGCCUUUGUCCUCGCACCCAAUCUGCGCCAUGGACUUGCCACCGCCCCCACCUGCUGGUGCCGCGCGGCCAGACCGAGCAGGCAAGCCCGGCAAGCUGCAGAUUGCCGCUGACUUCAAUGAGGCGCACGCAGAAAACUGCGAAUGCUGCCAGCCGCAGAAGUCCGCGCUGCCGCCUGGCUUUUGGAAGGAUGUCGGCUUCGAGAAGGUUGAAGGGACGGAGAGUGACUUGCUGCAGAUUCUGCAAGCAGAGGUCGAGAAGAGGGCAGAGGUCAUGUCACCCAUCGAACGAACAGGUGAGGUUUUUGGAUGGAAAAGAGCAGGUGAGAUGGCGAUAGAGGCCGGCGAUCCGGAUGGCGCUGGCGAUUGCUAUGCUAGAGCUCUCGCUUUUGGUGGUGUGCUUGGUACGAUCGAUGGCAUUGAGCCCUUCCCAGCUUGGUAUCCUCGACAAGAAGUCGACAAGAUUUGCGCGGAAGUGCUGGUGAAAGCUGCCGAGCUGGAGCUCAUGGUGAAGCGCCCUGAGGCUGCGCAGAAGGCUGCAGCAUGGGCAGCCCGAGCACUGCAGCUUGACAGAGCCAACCACGCUGCCCAGGAUGUCCUGCAAAAAGCACAGGCGAGUUAAUUGCCACGCCGUGGUCUUAUGUACAUUCAGUUUUCCCGGACUGCGGCUUUCAGCGCGUCGGACUUUUUCCCCCAGUGCAUUCAGUCACAAGACGUUUUGCACAAAGACCUCGAGAAGCGCAAAAUCUGCCAGCAACGUGCUUUGAUGACAUGUGCAUGCUAUUAGGCUAAGUACGAGUAUCUUGCACUGCCGCGCAGUCUGCACAUGGCUUGCGAUUGAUUUCCGAUUCAAGAUUGCAGCAAGUUGGAUGAAGAGUCAAGAGUGAUCAUUCUUGCCUGUGCUCAAGCGCCUGCUCAGGUUGGC